UAAAAACAAGCCGCAUGAAGGAGCCAGGGCAUGGAGCGAAGCUGCGCCGCAACCCAACGAUCGGCGAGUGCAAGCUGCCCGGAAGCUUCAUGAUCGAGGCGCGCUCGCUCUGCAGCAACGAUUCCCGCAAAGAUGUCAACCAAGAUACGUUUCUCAUGGACGACGCGCUGGGCAUCCUCGGCAUCUUUGACGGCCAUGGCGUGUACGGCGAGCUCUACUCGUCCAAGGCCAAAGCGCUCGUCCAAGCGUACCUCCAACAAAAGCCCGACUUCGACAUUCCGCGUGCGCUCUCGGGAGCAUUCCUGCGGGCCCACCUGCACCUCGUUGAAGCCAUAUCACAAGACCGCAACAGCGGCACGACCGCGCUUGUCGUGGCCGUCACGCCCACGCGCUUGUACUUUGCCAACGCCGGGGACUGCCGGGCCAUCGUACUCGAAGACGACCCGGCCGGCUCGGUGCUUCUCCGUCAAGCGACCACGGACCACACCCUGCACAACCUCGACGAGCGCAUGCGCGUGCUCGACCUGGGGCUGCCUUUCCGCGCUUUGGGCGACGGCCGCAUCGUCAUCUCGCACCCGACGAAAUCGAUGACGCAAACGCCGAGCCGGAGCCUCGGGGACACGCACCUCUUGCCGCGCAAUGGCGCGUGCGCGGUGCCGGAGAUCUCGCAAGUGGAGCUGACGCCCCACUUUCGCUGGCUCGUGCUCGCGUCGGACGGCGUCUUUGACGAGCUCACAAACGACGACGUGGCGACGAUCCUCUCGUACUGCAACGACCCGGACACUGCGUGCACCGAGAUUGUGCUUGCGGCGCAGGCCGAGUGCGAGCGCAAGGGCAUCACGCACGACGACAUUACGUGCGUGUGCGUCAUGCGUGCAUGACGCCGAUCGAAUCGUUUGCUAAGCGUAACGAAAACCAGACAAGUUCGACUACACCUCGUUCUACUAGAAUACCUACUUGUUUCCGUCUACCGACCGCUCGCUAUGUAGAGUCCAAAAGAAAGCCGACAUCCGCAAGCGAACACCUACCUUGCAAUACUGACGUAAAUACCUUUAUCAAUAAUACUCUACCUACA